AUGCCGAGCGGAAAACAACGGCAGGGCGAGGGGGACGACGAUGAGAACACGGGGAAGGAGCGGCAUCGGUCGCACAGGGAGAGGGACAGCGACGGCCAUGGCGGCCCAACCCGUCCCCUCGCAUCGUUAAUGUCGACUGCUCCUCACGCCGCGCUAGACGACCUCUUAUUGGCGCUUCUCCGCGCGUUAGCGCGAUUGCCGGUGGAUCUCGAGGCGCUUAAGAGCUGCGUGGUGGGCAAAUCGGUGAACCAGCUACGCAGCCAGCGGAACGCGGAGGUGCAGAGGCGCGCAAAGCGGUUGGUGGAGGUUUGGAAGAAGUGCGUGGACGAGACGCUCGCGGAGAACAUGGGGCGGAAGAGCGCAGGGGGAGGGGGAAGCGCAGGGGGGAGUGCAGGGGGAAGCGCAGGGGGAAGUGCAGGGGGAGGGGGAGCCGCUGCAAACGUAGGUACAGCAGCAAGUGGAGGGACAGCAGCUUCAGGAGCAGAAGCAGGGACAGGGGGGGCAGGAGUGAAAAAAGGGGCACCCGUUAUAGUCACACCUGUGGCCGCAUCACCCCUGCGACCUUCCGCUGUUUCCUCCCCUGCGUCUUCACCAACCCUGCACACGGUAGGCUCGGGACAACUUCGGGCUGCCAAACCUAGUGGCUCGGCAGGGGACGGGGGAGACCUCGGUGGGACGCCGGGGGCGGGGAGGGGGCGAGGGGGAGGCGGAGCGGGGGAAGGGGGGCGGCCGCCACCUUCCCCCUUGUCCGUUCCGGGGGGCAGUCCCAAGGGCAGGGGGGAGUCGCAGGUUUCGCCGGGUAGCCUGAGAAGUGGUAACCAGAAGGGUCACGCGGGUGGGUUACAGAAAGCGGGUGGGAGUGGAGGUAAGAUAGUGAGUCCGAAAGGAGUAGGUUCGGCAGGCAAAGGAAAGGGAACGGAACGGGCGGAGGGAAGGGCUACUGGGGUGGGAGGAGAGGGGAAGGGAGAUGCUCGGGAGCAGGAAGUGGGAGAAGAGAAGAAGAGAGAGGAGAGGGAGGAACAAAGAAGUGGGUCAUUGCAAGCAGAGGAGGAGAGAGAGAGGGAGAAGGAGAAGGAGAAGGAGAAGGAGGAGAAGAAGGAGAAGGAGAAGAAGGAGAAAGAGAUGGAGAAGGAGAAGGAGAAGGAAAAAGAGGGGAAGAAAGCGGGGACGGGGAGCAAACCAGGGAAAGGGGUUCUGAAAGAGGAGGGCGUUGUGGCCGGCCGUGAGCCGUCAAAAGCAGAAAGAUCAGCGGAAAGAGAUGGUGCUGCCGCGUCUGCUGUGGGUUCUGUUGCCGCUGAGUCGUCUGAUGGGCAAGGGAGGCUGCAGGAGCGAGCUGGUUCGAGCAAACCGCAGGGAGAGGCUGUGCCUCCGCAAGAGACGGAGAAUGAGGAGAAGGAGAAGCGGAGGGAAAGGAGGGAGGGGAAGGAAGGAAAGGAGGGGAAGGAUCAAGAGGAUGGAAAGGAGGAUAAGGAAGGGAAGGAGGAAAGGGAGGUGGAGGCCAGAAGAUUCUCACCAGGGGAGGCGGAGAGACCGCGGUUGGCUGAGGAGGGAACGGCAAACGAAGGCGAAGGGGUGGAGGGGGAAGACGGAGAGAACGAGCGUGGGGAGAAGGCGGAGAAAGGGGCUGAAUUCGCGGGGAGGAGAGAGGGGGGCGAAGGAGCUAGUGGUGUCAAGGAAACAGAGUCGGGCUUGGAGGAAACACUGAAUGGAACGAGAGGAAGUGAAAAGGAGGAGAGGAGUAAGCAACAGGGGGAGGCGGGGAGGGAUGGGGAACGGGGUGAUGAUGAGAUGGGGGGAGAGAUUAAAAGUGCUGGCGCGGUUGUCGGUGGUGGUUCUGGUGGUGCUGGUGCUGCUGGUGGUGCUGGUGCUGCUGGUGGCGCUGAUUCUGGUGGUGGUCGUGAUGGUGGGGACGCAAGGCAAGAUUCUGGUGACGUGGGUAGUGGGAGAAGGAGUGGGGGAGGCCGACAGGAGGUAGCAGGGGAAAAGGCAAAAGAAGAAACGGGAGCAGAGACGCGGGCAGGGGCAGGGGCAGGGACAGAUAAGGGCGGUGGGGCAGGAGAGCAGGGGAUGGUGACACAGGAAGGGGGCUUGAAGGGGGAAGAAGGAGUAGGAGUAGGAGGAUUAGGGGGAUUAGGGGGAGGAGGAGAAUCAGGGAAAGACUUGAUAGGCUUUUUAGCAGAGACAGCCGUUGCAGGGCCAUUAGAGAAGGAGGGUGCUGUUACGGGCGAGACACUGAAGGAAGGUGCAGGGAGAGGGACGGGAGAUGGGCGGGAAGAGGUAAGUGGCAGGGAAAAAGGUUCUGAUGGUAAGGGGCUGAAGCAGCAGCAGGGAGAGCAGGAGGGGAAAACGGAGCAGCAGCAGCAGCAGCAGCAGCAGCAGGGGGAGCAGGAGGAGAGGGCAGAAGUUGGUGGUGGGGACGAGAGAAGGCUAAUUGUAAGAUUUUCUGUGAACAAACGUGGGAAAGAGGAGGAGGAAAAGGCGGAGGAGGAAAAAAAUGGUGUGACAGAUCUGGGGGGAGCAGCAAGUGGGGCUGCUUCUGAGAGUAAAUCCCUGGAGCGUCAGGGCAGGAGGAAUGCUGAGAACCAAGCUGCGAGUCCUCCUGUUAGUGGCGAGCAGACACUAACAGGAGAUCGGAUGAGCGAGGGGAAUGCUGCAGAGGUGUCAGGAGGGGCAGGGAAGGGUUGGGGUGGGAGGAGGGAGCAAGAGAGAUUGGGUGCUGAGUGCAAGGAGCGGGAAGCUUCUGGGAAUGGUCCUGUGGAGGGGCGUGGUGAGUUUGAGGGCGCGAAGGAAAGUGAGCAGAGGAAGGGAAGAGAGGGAGUGAGAGAAAGAGACGGGGGGAGAGAAAGGGAGGCGGGGAGAGAAACGGAGGGUGUGAGAGAGAGGGAGGGUGUGAGAGAGAGGGAGAGCGAUCCUGGCCCUGGGAGUGGAGGAGGGCAGAGGGCUGACGUGGCGAUGGCAACUGGUGGAGGGCGGCAGUUCUCGGACUAUCUGCCGCCCAGAAGAAGAGGGUCGGACAGCGAUCGGCCCCGUGCCCCCACUGGCUCAAGUGAGUGUGUUGGUUUUCUGAUUAUGGGCUCCCCUACUGCCUUCCCUACAGUUCCUCUUACAAACGUUCUCUUCUCUCUCGCCUCGGCUUUUUCUUCCCGUCCCUCCAGGCAUAGUCACAGGCAGGCGAUCGGCUGUCCUGCUGCUGUUCUUGCUACUGAGUCUGGUGGUAUGGAUGAGUGUGGGGUAAGCAGAGCUGUUACACCCAGUGAACCCCAAGGGGUGAGAGAAAAUGCCUCUGAUUCUCGAGGGCUGGCGGGCGGCGGCAACUGCAACAGUGCAGAUGCGGACAAGGAUCCGCCGCCCACCGAGACUGCUACAGUGCUGGCGUCGCUGAUGAGCGUGGCGGGUGCUGAGCGGGCUGAUCCGGGGGAGGUGCCAUCUGGGGGAGGCGCUGAGGGGAGUGGUGGCGGGGGCAGAAAAUUAGGGUUUGGGGGCCUGACUGGGCGUUUGAGUGAGAAGGUGAGUGGGCGGGCGAGCAGGGAUGGGGAGUCAAGGGUCGGGCAAGAGAGAGGAAUGAUGGAGGAGUCGGGAGAGACGGGAGGGAUGGUAGGGAUAGGAAGUGGCAGCACGGGUGGAGGCAUGGGAAAGAGCAUAGGAGGGGGCACGGGAGGGGACGUGGAGGAUGGGCCAAGUGCAGAUCAGCUAGCGAUUGAAUGCCUUCUGAAAGCUGCAGAAGCGAAGGACGAAGGGGAGGGGGGGUUCACUGAUGGUAACCUGGGCAGCAGAGGGAGACUGGAGGACGGGACAGUGGCAGAUGUGAAGGGGGAGGUAGGUUUGGCUUCAGGAGGGGCAGCAGCAGCUGGGGAAGCAGCAGCAGCAGCAGCAGCAGCAGGGGUUGCAGACGCAGCUGUGAAACCAGAAGCAGGAGCAGGGGCAGGGGCAGGGGCAGGGGCAGCAGAUUCAGAGGAUGAAGAGGAGUUGAGUGUGGCAGCAGUUUUGGCGUCUGGUAAGUGGCAGGGCAAGGGCCGGCAAAACGGGCAACUGAUUUCCAGAUCCAGUCGCUCUGAUACCAUUCCCACGGCCUCUGCUCUCGCCUCUGCUGCUGCUGCAGCAGCUGCAGCCAGUGCUGCACUGCACGCUGCUUCCCUGUCCUCGGCGCUCCCCUCGCACCCUUCCCCCCUGUCGUCCCCUCCUCUCUCCCACCGCUCCUCCCUGUCUGCUCCUUCUCUCCCUGCCGCCUUGCAAAGUCCCUGGCGGGCGGCUCUUGCUGCUGAGAUUGAGAGGGAGAAGAGCGAGGGGGCAUGGGUGGCCGGAUCAGAUAUUGCGGUAGGCUCUGGGGCAGGCGCGGGGGCAGGGAGUGCGGAAGGGAGAGAGGCAGAGGGAGCGGGGGGAGCUGGAGAGGCGGAAGGGGAGAAGCAGGUGAGGAUGCCUGUUGCUAAGCGGCUGAAGGUGUGUGGUGAUGGGGAUACUGACAGUGUGGGGAGUGGGGGAGUGGGGGGUAAGAGGGGGAAAGGGAGUGGGAAGAAGAGGGAAGAAGGGGAGAGGGCAGUGGACGGGGGUAGGAAGGAAGCAGGGGAGAGGAAGGAAGAGGGAGGAGAGAAGAAGGAAGGGGGGGAGAAGGUGAAAGUGACAAGGAAGAGGACCGGAGCAGGGGUGUCGAAGGCUGGAGGGGAAGGGGCACGGAAGGCUGGAGGACAGUUGAAGCAGCAGCAGCAGCAGCAGCAGCAGCAGGUGCAGGAGGGAGUGGGUUUGACCAAAGGGGAGGAGGCGGGUGAGGAGGAUGGGGUGCUUGGGUUGCAGCAGCUGCAGCAGGCUCUGAUGCACGGCCAAGCCGGGUCUUCAAAACAGCCGCAGCAGCAGCCGCAGCAGUCCCCGUUAGUGUCACAGUCACAGCUGCACAAGGGCCUGCCACUACAAGCACAGAAAGGGUCGUUACAGUCACAAAAAGGCGUACAAUCACAUGGGCAGAAAGCAUCACAGGUACAGGUACAACAGGGGCUCCACUCGUUACAAUCACAUUCGCAGCAGGGGCUGCACUCGUUACAGUCACAAGCACAAGGAGGGUUGCAGUCACAGGCACAAGCACAGAAGGCAGCGCAGUUGCCAGAGAAGCAGGGGCAGGCUCAUGGGGCGAAGGCCGGUGCGGCUACAGGGGGGGCUGGUGGGACAAAGAGGAAGGCAAGCAGAGCAAAGAAAUCUCCUGACAAAGCUCUGCAGCAGCAGCAGCAGCAGCAGCAGCAGCAGCAGCAGCAGCAGCAACAGCAGCAACAGCAGCAACCGCAGCAGCAGCAGCCGCAGCAGCAGAAGCAGCCGGAGGAGAAGCCGGCUGAGAAGCGGCCUCGCAUUCUGUUUGACUUUGACCUAAACGUCGCUGAGGACACUGCUGAAGACGCUACAGCUGCCGCUACAGAUGGUGCUACAACCGGUCCAGCAGCCACCUCUCCUCCUGCUGCUGCCCCUGCACCUGCCCCUGUCUCUUCCCACGCCCCUGCGCCUGCCCCUGCCCCUGCCCCUGCGCCUAGAGGGUUUGACCUGAACUUUGCAGAGGAGGCGGAGGAGGAAGAGGCGGAGUUUCUUCCUCCUCAUCCACCUCCUGCUGCGGGCGCUGCUGCUGCUGCUGCUUCAGUCUCUAAUAGGCAGUCUGCUGACGGUGCGCCUGCUGCUCCCUCGGCUCCCGUUGCUGCCCCUGCCGCCCCCACUUCCCCACCAGCAUCACAGAAUCGGUUUUUGGACUUUGAUUUGAAUGAUGGGCCAGGGUUUGGAGAUGAGCCAUUGCAGCCGUCUCCCUCCCCUCCUCCUCAAGCAAAUAGAGCAGCUGUAGCAGCAGGAGCGGCUGUAGCAGGUGGGCCAGGUGGGGCGGCUGGAGCAGGUGGAACUGUGCCAGCCGUCUCGUUUCACCCCAUGCACUCCGCCUCUCCUUUCUUGCAUGUGCAAGCUCAGGCGCAGCAACAGCAGCAACACCAGCUGCAACAGCAGCGGCAGCAGCAGCUGCAACAACAACAGCAGCAGCAACAGCAGUGGCAACACCAGCAGCUACAGCAGCGGCAGCAACAGCAGCAGCAGCAACAGCAGCAGCAGCAACAACAGCAGCGGCAAGGGCAGCAGCAACAACAGCAACAGCACCAGCAGCGGCAACAGGAACAGCAACACCAGGCACAUCAGCAGCAGCAGCAGCAGCAGCAGCAGCAGCAGCAGCAGCAGCAACAGCAGCAGCAGCAACAACAACAUGUGCAGCAAUUACCCUCUCAGCUACAUGGGACUAGCAGCAUAGGUAGCAUAGGGAUGAGUGGGCUUAACAGCAUCGGUAGCAUGGGUAGUAGUGGUGCUAUCAACAGCAUGGGCAGCAUGGGUAGCAUGGGCAUGAGCGGACCAAACACCCUGAAUAAUAGCAUGUCCGCUUCUAGCAGCUUAGGUAACAGCAGCAGCAGCAUGGGUGCUCUGAACAGCCUUAGCGCCCUCUUCGCCUCCUCCUCCCUCCCUACAGUCACACAGCCUCCAGCGUCCCUCCUGGCCAAGCUAGCCCACGCAGGCGUGCCGCUAUCAGGUGUGCUACAAACGGGGCUCUCCCAGUCCGUCCUCGCCCAAACCAGCGUUCCUGUAACGAGCACCCCGUCAGCAGUAGGAGGGGGAGCAGGAGGAGGAGCAGGAGGAGGAGCAGGAGGAGGAGCAGGAGGAGGGGCAGGAGGAGGUGGAAGGAGCAGCCGAGGCGGAAAUAUUCCUCCUCUUACUGGUUCUCCUGCUCCCCCGCUCCCCUUUCGCCCGUCCUCUCGAGGGGCAGGCUUUAACCCCGCUGCAGCUGCAAGCUCAGGAGCGAAUGCUGCAAGCAGCGGUGGUCAGAACUUAACGAAUUCCCUACUACAGGCUCUACUCCAGAAGCAGCUCCUGCCCGCCAGCCAGCGCCCGGUGUCUCUUUUCGACUUCAAAAUCACUUCGCCACAUUUCCUGCACUCCCCACACUCCCCACACUCCCUGCACUCAACCCGUCUCCGCCAGUCCCUACAGGCCCUACUUCAGAAGCAGCUCCUGCCAAUGCCAGAUGACUCUCCGAAAGUGCAGGAACAUUCGGAGAAAGGGGGCGGUGGUGGGGACUCAGGAGGAGGAGGAGGGGGACGGGGAUGGCUAGACUUGGAUUUAAAUGCUGGUCCGGAGGCAGGGGGGGAGGAGGAGGUGGAGGGGGAAGAACGUGGGGAGAUGGGGGAAAAGGAAGAGGUCAGGGGAAAGGGAGAGGUGGGGGGGAAGGGAGAGGCGGAAGGGAAGGGGGAGUUGGGGGGAAAAGGGGAAACAGGAGGAAGAGAGGAGGUGGGGGGAGGCGAGAAGGAGGUGGGGGGUGGGCGACAGCAGCAGGUGGGGAAGCUGGGAGGGCCUUUGGCAGACGAGGGGAGUGGGAAAGUAGCACCAGCAGGAAGAGAAGAGGUAGGGGAAGGCGAGAAGGAGGUAGGGAGAGAGCGACAGCAGCAGGUGGAGAAGCUGGGAGGGCCUUUGGCAGACGAGGGGAGUGGGAAAGAGGCACCAGCAGGAAGAGAGGAUGCGGUCACUAAAGCAGAGCUUGUGGGGAGUGCUGCUGUUGGCAGGAUAGGCAGUUAUGGGAGAAACGCACCGGUGCAGCUGGAGCAGGAGGAGCAGGAGGAGCUUCACAAGCAGUUGGCAGGAGCUAAAGCUGUGGCUGGUUUGGAAGCCACUGUAGCAGUGGUGCAUGCAGUGACACCUCAGGUCGCGUUUCAGGUUCCCUCUCAGGUCGCCCCUCAGGUUCCCUCUCAGGUUGCCCCUCAGGUCUCCCCUCAGGCUUCCCCCCAGGUUGUCCCUCAUGCUGGUUCUCAGGUCGCCUCUCAGGUUGCGUCUCAGGUGGAUCCACAGUUAUCUCAGGAGCAGGUGGGGACUACGGGCGAGGGGAGGCGCAAGAGAAAGGCACCUGAGGGUGGGAUGGAGGAGGGAGUGGUUGCGAAGAGGAGGGAAGAGGAAAGAGGGGAACAGAAGAAGAAAGAGGAGGAAGGGGAGGGGGAGAAGGAGAAGGAGAAGGAGGAGGAUAAGGAGAAGGAGAGGGAGAAGGAGAUGGAAAUUGAGUUGUUGAAAAGGCCACUGCCAGUAGCCCAGGCGUCUCAGGCUGUAGCACAGCAGGCUGUUGCAGGACAGGCUGUAGCAGAGGAGGCUGUAGCACUGCAGGCUGUUGCAGGGGAGGCUGUAGCACCACUGGUUGUAGCAGAGGAGGCUGUAGCACCACUGGUUGUAGCAGAGGAGGCUGUAGCACCACUGGUUGUAGCAGAGGAGGCUGUAGCACCGCAGACUGUAGUACAACAGGCAGCACCACAGGCUGUAGCACCACAGGCUGUAGCACCACAUACUGUAGCUCAACAUGCUGUAGCACCACAGGCUGUAGCACAGGCGGUUGUGGCACAAGGGGCUGCACCACGGGCUGUAGCACCACAGGCUGUAGCACCACAGGCUGUAGCACCGCAGGCUGUUGCACCACAUACUGUAGCACCACAGGCUGGAACACCACAGGCCGCCGUAGCACAGGAGAUUGUAGCACAGGAGAUUGUAGCACAGGAGAUUGUAGCACAGGAGAUCGUAGCACAGGAGAUUGUAGCAGAAAAGACUGGAGAGGGGGCUGUUGCAGAGAAGAUUGCAGAGGGGGCUGUAGCAGACAAGGCAGUUGAGGGGCCCAAGGCUGCAGAGGGGGCUGUAGCAGAGAAAGCUGUUGAGGCGGUUGGAGCAGAGGAGGCUGCAGAGGAAGUGAAAUUGUCAGGACGGAAAAGAGUAUGGCUAGACCUGGAGGAACCGGCUAGGGGGUUAGAGGAGCCAGCUAAGGGGUUGGAGGAACCGGCUAAGGGGUUGGAGGAACCGGCUAAGGGGUUAGAGGAACCGGCUAAGGGGUUGGAGGAACCGGCUAAGGGGUUAGAGGAACCGGCUAAGGGGUUGGAGGAACCGGCUAAGGGGUUAGAGGAACCGGCUAAGGGGUUAGAGGAACCGGCUAAGGGGUUAGAGGAACCGGCUAAGGGGUUGGAGGAACCGGCUAAGGGGUUAGAGGAACCGGCUAAGGGGUUGGAGGAACCGGCUAAGGGGUUAGAGGAACCGGCUAAUGGGUUAGUGGAGCCGACUAAGGGGUUAGAGGCGGGUGAGGGGUUGGUGGAGGAACCGGCUAGGGGGUUGGAGGAAGCGGCUAGGGGGUUGGAGGAACCGGCUAAGGGGUUGGAGGGACCGACUAAGGGGUUGGAGGAACCGGCUAAGGGGUUGGCGGAGGAAUGCGGAAGGGAUGACGGAGGGAAGGGGAAUGGAGGGAAGGAGAAAGUGGAUAAGGAGGAGAGAGAAGGGAAGGAAGAGCGGAGAGAGCAGGAGAUAGUAGGGAAGGAAGAGAAGGAGGCAUCAGGUAAGGAGGCAGUAGCGAAGGAAGAGAGGGGAGGGAAGGAGGAGAAAGGAGGGACGGAAGUGAGGGUAGAGAAGGAGGAGACAGUAGGGAACGUGAUAGUAGGGAAGGAAAAGAAGGGAGGGAAGGAGGAGAGGGAAGGGAAGGAGGAGAGUGGAGGGAAGGAAGUGAGGGGAGAGGAGACUGGGAACGAUAUAAUAGUAGAGAAGGAGGAGAGGGAAGGGCAGGAGGAGAGUGGAGAGAAGGAGAGGGGUGAAAAGGAUGAGAGAUUAGGUAAGGAGGAAAGGGGAGGGAAGGAGACAGAAGGGAAGAAGGGAGAUAUGGAGGUAACAGUAGGGAAGGAAGAGAGGGGAGGGAAUGAGGAGAGGGGAGUGCGGAGAGUAGGUGUGAGUGUGGAGGGAGAAGGGAUGGGAGAAGGGAAGGGAGAAGGGAAGGAAGAAGGGAAGGAAGAAGGGAAGGGAGAAGGGAAGGGAGAAGGGAAGGGAGAAGGGAAGGGAGAAGGUGGAAUGACUGAGAUGGUGGGUGAGGUCAAGGAGAGGGGAGAGGGGAGUGAAGAGGAGAAGAUUAGGGAGGAGGGCGAGAGUGGGAAGAGGAAAGAGGGGGAAGAAGGUGGGGAGAAGGAAGAGGGAGAGAGGGGGAAGAGGAGAGAGGCGGAAGAGAGCGGAUCGAGGAAAGAGGAGGGAGAGGGUACUGGGGAGGCUUGUCAGGUUGAGAGGGUGGUAUUGGGGGCAGAGAAAGAGGAGGUGGGUGGCGCAAGGGUAGGAGGGGAGAAGGAGCAGGAGGGUGGGGAGAUGGCACGCUGUGAUGCAGGGAAAGAGUUUGUUACGGGUUUGGUGCAGAGGACUGGUGUGCAGAGGAGUGGUGUGCAGAGGAGUGGUGUGCAGAGGAGUGGUGUGCAGAGGAGUGGUGUGGAUUUUUCAGUGGUGCCUAGCACAGAGGUUCUAAAAGAAGAAGACAGUGGGGGAAAGGCAGGCGAGGUGGAAGCAGGGAAGGUGGGAACAGGUGAGGAGAAGACAGGACAGGAGAAAUCUGGGGAGGCGAGAGCAGGGGAGGAGGAGAUGGGGGAGGAGGAGAUGGGGGAGGAGAAGUUAGGGGAGAAGGAAACAGAGAAGAAGGAAGGGAAGAACACAGGGGAGGAGAAGGAAAGGGUAUUACCUGAGGGAAUAGUUGGAGUGCCGGCAGAGAGAAGAGAGAUUGAGAAGUUACCAGGGAAGGACGGUUCAUCUGAGGAGCAGGAAGAAGCAGAGGGUGCGGCGCAGGUGGACUCUGAACAGGCAGGUGCAUCUGAAAAGGAGUAUACCGGUAGCAAGAUGGCUGCAGCAGUGAGAGUGGGUGAAGCUGUGAAGGAGGCUGGAGGUGCGAAGGAAGAAGCAGGGAAGGAGGGUGUGGCACAGCUUGAUUCUGAACAGGCAGGUGCAUCUGAGAAGGGGUCUGCUGGUAGCAAGAUGGCUGCAGCAACAAAGGUGGAUGGAGGUGAGAAGGAAGAAGCAGAGGGUGCGGCGCAGGUGGACUCUGAACAGGCAGGUUCAUCUGAGAAGGCGUCUGCCGGUAGCAAGAUGGCUGCAUCUGAUGUGGUGAUUGAAGCUGUGAAGGAGGCUGGAGGUGUGAAGGGAGAGGCAGAGAAGGAGGGUGCAGCACCGCUGGACUCUGAACGGGUGGAUUCAACUGAGAGGGAGUCUGCUGGUAGCAAGAUGGUUGCAGCAGUGAGAGUGGGUGAAGCUGCGAAGGAGGCUGGAGGUGCGAAGGAAGAAGCAGGGAAGGAGGGUGCGGCGCAGGUGGACUCUGAACAGGCAGGUUUAUCUGAGAAGGGGUAUGCUGGUAGCAAGAUGACUGCAGCAGUGAGAGUGGGUGAAGCUGUGAAGAUGGUUGGAGGUGAGAGGAGAGAAGCAGAGAAGGAAGGUGCGAAACAGCCUGACCCAGAACAGGCGGGCUUAUUUGUGGAGGAGUCUGCAGGUGGGAAGGUGGUUGCAGCAGUGGGAGGUGGAGAUGAGAAAAUGGUUGGAACAGAGAAGGUGGUUGGAGGUGUGAAGGGAGAAGCAGAAGGGAAGGAAGGUGCGGAACAAGAGGACCCAGAACAGGCGGGCUCGUUUAAGAAGCAGCCUGCAGGUGGGAAGGUGGUUGCAGCAGCGAGAGAAGGUGGUGGUAUAGAGGCAGCAGCAGGAGGUGCGGAGAUGAUUGGAGGGGAGAAGGGAGAAGAAGGGAAGGAAGGUGGGAAACAACUGAACCCAGAACAGGCGGGCUCGUUUAAGAAGCAGCCUGCAGGUGGGAAGGUGGUUGCAGCAGUGAGAGAAGGUGGAGGUGCGAUAAUGGUUAGACCGGAGAAGGUGGUUGGAGGUGCGAAGGGAGGAGCAGGGACGGAGGGUGUGAACCAAGAGGACCCAGAGCAGGCGGGUUCAUCUGAAAUUGAGCCUGCAACUGGCGAGGUGACAGCAUCUGAAGAGGUGACUGCUGCAGUGAGAGAAGGUGGAGGUGAGAUGAUGGUUGGACCGGAGAAGGUGGUUGGAGGUGCGAAGGGAAAGGCAGUAGGGAAGGAAGGUGCGGCACAGCUGGACCCAGAACAGGUGCAAUCAUUUGAGAAUGAGCCCGCAGGUGGGAAGGUGGAUGCAGCAGUGAGAGGUGCGAAGGGGGAAGCGGGGAAGGAGGGUGCGGCACAGCUGGACCCAGAACAGGUGCAAUCAUUUGAGAAUGAGCCCGCAGGUGGGAAGUCGAUUGCAGCAGUGAGAGGAGGAGGAACAGAAACAGCAGCUGGAGGUGCGAAGGUGGUUGGAGGUGAGGAGCGAGAAGCAUUGAAGGAAGGUGCGAAACUACUGGACUCAGAACAGGAGGGUUCAUCCGAGAAGGAGCAUGUAGGUGGGAAGGUGGAUGCAGCAGUGCUAGAAGGUGGAACAGAAGCAGCAGCAAGAGGUGCGACAAUGGUUGGAGGUGAAAAGGAAGAAGCUGGGAAGGAAGGGCCGUCACAAAUGGGCGCAGAACAGGCGGGUUCAUCUGGGAAAAGGCCUGCAGGUGGGGAGGCGAUUGUUAUGGCCAGGGGAGGAGGAGCUGAGGAGGUUGCUGGAACUGACGAGGGUAAGGCACCAGAUCUCGCAGCUGCAGGGGGGAAGGAGAUUCGACCUGAAGAAUUACCUGAGUCUGUGAAGGCACCUCAGGAAAAGGCACCUGAGGAAAAUGCACCUGAGGAGAAGGCACCUGAGGAGAAAGCACCUGAGGUGAAAGCACCUGAGGAGAAAGCACCUGAGGUGAAAUCACCUGAGCAGAAAGCACCUGAGGUGAAAGCACCUGAGGGGAAGACACCUGAGGAAAAGACACCUGAGGAGAAGGCACCUGAGGGGAAGGCACCUGAGGAGAAGACACCUGAGGAGAAGGCACCUGAGGAAGAGACACCUGAGGAGAAGGCACCUGAGGCAAAGACACCUGUGGAGAAGGAACCUGAGGGGAAGGCACCUGAGGAAAAGGCACCUGAGGGGAAGGCACCUGAGGGGAAGGCACCUGAGGGGAAGGCACCUGAGGGGAAGGCACCUGAGGGGAAUGUUGUUACCAGCAGUCAAGCUAUCCACAGUAGUACUAGUAGUAGAGCGCUCUGCUGUGGAGAGCUGCCAUAUCGUAGCAUCCACAUAUACAGGUACACCACGGGGCAGGUUUCAGCUGCUUAUAGCCAUUAA